AUGCCAGUCGCCACCACCUCCAGCCCACCCCUCCGGUCCACACCAUUAGGUGAAGCGGCGGCUGCCUACGACCUGUUUGUCGUGGGCACCGUCCUGGCCUCCAGGUGGCGACUCAACUUUCCCAGGCUGCGGGCGCUGUACAUCGAGCUCACACACCCCAACCAGCGCAGCAUCUCCACGCACCUGCUCACCCAGCAGCUCCCCAUCCUGGUCGGCGCCCUGGCCCGCAACCCCCUGGCGGCAUACAUCCUGGAGGCCACCGAGCCCGACGGAGAGCUGCUGCCCGGCGCCCCCCCGCUCGCCACGCCUCCCGUCUCGCACACCCUGGCCUCCCAGGUCGUGGCCCAGGCCCUGGCGGCCCGGCCGGGGGCUCGCCCCGGACAGGCGAGGGUCACGGUCGCCGGCAAGCGCGGGGCGCGAGACGCGGCCGCCGAUCCCGGCGCUGUGACGAUCCGGGACCUCCUGCUGGAGAGCGAGGAUCCCACCUGCUGCCUGCGCCUGCACUAUGAGGUCCUGCCACCCAAGGACGCCUGUGAGCCACGGCUGGAAGCCACAUGGAACACGCCAACGAUAGCCAGCGAUGAAUGUAUACGUAUGUGA